UUUUGCAUUUCUCUCCUGCAUAUUGUUUCUCUCUCUAGAUUGACAUUAUUUAGCUCUCUCUCUAGAUCUUCGCUAUUUGGAAGAGAGAGAGUGGAGCCCGAACCUGGUCCUCUGCUUUGCUGGCUUCAAGCUCUCCAUUGUUGGUUUCUAAUGGGGUUUGUCUGAUGAGAUAGACCAGAGUUCAGUUACCCCCAAUCAACACAACCAUAAUAUUAAUAUCAAUCAUAUCAUCACAAUCGAAUUGCUGCGCAGAAAAGAGGGAUAAGACUGAAAGGAACAAAAAAUCCUUAGAGGAGAAAGUUCAUUUUGAAAAUUUCCUAAUUUCCCCCUUUUUGAGGUGACGGACCCACAGAUCUACGCCGUUUUUUCACUUUCAGAUCUUCGUUUCCGUUCACUCAGCUCUGAAGGUAACUUCCGUAGUAAGACUUCUAGCUUGCAUUUCUGCUUCGUGGAGGAGGCUUUGAUAUAAUAUAAGUUCACAAUUGGGUUUAAUUAAGGUAAGAGAAGUUGGUUUUGGGAGGUUGGUGAAUGCGAAUAAUUUGGAGGGUGGUCUGGAUGAGAUGAGGGGAUGUUAUCCGGGUUAAUGAACUUUUUAAGGGCCUGCUUUCGGCCAAGGGCGGAUCGUUAUGUUCACUCGGGUUCUGAAGCGAGUGGUCGUCAAGACGGGCUUCUAUGGUACAAGGACCUUGGCCAACAUUUUAAUGGAGAGUUCUCCAUGUCUGUAGUUCAAGCUAAUAAUUUACUUGAGGAUCAGAGCCAACUGGAAUCAGGGUGUUUGAGCUCGAACGAGACAGGUCCAUAUGGCACUUUUGUGGGAAUAUAUGAUGGACAUGGUGGUCCAGAGACCUCGCGGUUUAUCAAUGAACACCUCUUCCAACACCUAAAGAGAUUCACGGCGGAGCAUCAAUCCAUGUCAGUGGAGGUUAUUAAGAAGGCAUUUCAGGCCACAGAAGAUGGUUUCUUCUCAGUUGUCAGCAGACAGUGGCCCUUGAAACCACAGAUUGCAGCAGUUGGCUCGUGCUGUCUAGUAGGAAUCAUCUGUGGUGGAACUUUAUAUGUUGCCAACCUUGGCGAUUCCCGUGCUGUUUUAGGGAGACUUGUCAAGGCUACUGGGGAAGUGCUUGCAAUUCAACUCUCGGCAGAACAUAAUGCAAGUAUAGAAUCUGUGAGGCAGGAGCUGCAGUCUUUGCACCCUGAUGACUCGCACAUUGUAGUUUUGAAGCAUAAUGUAUGGCGUGUCAAGGGUCUCAUUCAGGUCUCCAGAUCAAUCGGAGAUGUGUAUCUGAAAAAAGCUGAAUUCAACAGAGAACCAUUAUACCAAAAAUUUAGACUUCGGGAGCCAUUCAAAAGACCGAUUUUGAGUGCAGACCCUGCUAUUACAGUGCACCAGCUGCUGCCUCAAGAUCAGUUCAUUAUAUUUGCAUCAGAUGGUCUUUGGGAGCACCUGACCAAUCAAGAAGCAGUUGAUAUUGUCCAAACCCAUCCGCGUAGCGGAAGUGCUAGGAGAUUAGUGAAAACAGCAUUACAAGAGGCGGCUAAGAAGAGAGAAAUGAGGUAUUCGGACUUGAAGAAGAUAGACCGUGGGGUCCGCCGACAUUUCCACGACGACAUCACCGUCGUGGUGUUGUUUCUCGACUCACAUCUAGUGAGCCGUGCUAGUUCAGUUCGGAGUCCUAGUGUAUCUGUUAAAGGGGGUGGCAUCACCGUGCCUCCCACUUUCCUCGCGCCGGCUGAACCCGCGGCCACCUGACCCUGCUGGCCGCCCCCAUUUGCUAAUGUUAAUGACAUGUUGUACAAUCGUCAUGUGAAUACAGGUAGCCUCGAUGAUAAGAGCAGCCGUUGAAUUCUUUAAAAUGUACACUGUAACUUUUUUUUCUUUUUAUUUUUAACCGGAGACUAAUACUUGGCAUAGUUGGAAAUGCCGGGUAAAAAAAAAGCAGUCUUGAAGGUGAAGAUGAUUAUAGGAGAGCUGUGUUUUUCUGGGCCAACGUCCCUUUUUCUUACAUUUCUUGUUUCGUAUGUCAUUCAGCUUCACUUUUAAUCUAUACUUAUUACUUUUGUAAAUUCUUGGAUCUCCUAGCUUAAUGUCCUGAUUUAGUUCUUGUUAAAGUUACA